AUGAAAACAAAACAACAAUCUCACAUGAUGUCAUUGUAUGUAAAUUUCAUUUUCACCUGGGCUAAUCUCAAAUAUUCUCUAGAAGAAAAGCAAGGAACACUAUGGAAUCAAAGCAAAAUAAGAAAGAAUAUUAUAGAUGGGGUUUCAGGCUUUGCGACUUCUGGUUCUGUAACAGCAAUAUUGGGAGCAAGUGGAUGUGGAAAAACUACAUUGCUGACUUUACUUUCAGGACAACGAAAGGGUCAUGGAACUCUGAGAAUUAAUGGUAGAAUAGUUAGUGCAAAAAUGCUACGUAAUAAUUCUACGUUUUUGCUACAAAAAGACUUAUUUAUAGAAACGUUGACAGUUCAGGAGCAUCUCACUUUUAUGGCAGCAAUGUGUUUACACAAACCAUAUCACGCACGCUCAAUAGAAGUUCAAACUCUUUUGAAAACUUUUAGUUUAGAGAAUAGUAAAUGCACUCAAAUUACAUUUUUGUCAACCGGGGAAAAGAGGAAAUUGUCGUUGGCGUCCAAUCUACUUCUAGAGCCGUAUAUUUUAUUCUGUGACGAGCCUACUACGGGAAUAGACAGCUUCAACGCAGUAUCGGUUGUAAAAAUAUUGAAAACUGUCGCAUCCUUAGGAAAAAUCGUGUUCCUCACUGCCCAUCAGCCUUCUUCACCUCUUUUCGAGCUUUUUGACAACGUUAUAUUGUUAUCGCCACAUGGGAAGGUUGUGUUUCAUGGAUCUAAGGAAAACGCUAGAAGUUUUUUCGAAGGACAAUUUUUAUUUUGUCCAAUGACCUAUAACCCAGCCGACUAUUAUAUAAAAAAUAUAGUCAUAAAAUCACCAGCAGACGAGAAAAAAGUUAAUGAUAUGAUUGAAGUAUUCAAUAAAAAUCGUCAUUCAGCAUUAAAUUUACCAGACUAUGAAUGUGAUGCACUAUUAUUGAAACAAAAAUAUGACGAAAAAAACUUUUUUUAUACCUUGGCAUGGUUAAGUUGGCGUGUAUAUAUUGAUGCGAAAAGAUACUUAUUUCAGUAUCUUACCACCUUACUAUUAAUUUUGAUAACAGCCUUUAUAAUUGGGAUAAGCUACUCAAGCACGAUCAUUAGUGGUUUUAGCGGUGUCCAAAGUAUCCAAGGAGCUCUUCUGCUGAUAGUUUCAGAAUUAAUAUUUAAUGGAAUGUACCAAGUAAUAUAUAUUUUUCCUUCUGAGAUUGAAAUAUUUAUAAAAGAAAAGAAUAUUUACGCCGCUUUGCCGUAUUUCGUUUCGAAAAUUGUAUCUUUGGUGCCAUUUGCAAUUCUUUAUUCACUAGGAUUUUUAGUUGCCUACUUUAUAUGCCUUACAUUUUUAACUGGUGGGCAUUUAUUUGUCCAAAUGUAUCUUAUCCUUUUGGGAGCAUCAGUGGGUGGUAGUACACUAGGAUUAUGUCUGUCAGCUUUGUUUCCUACUAUCGAAUCUAUGCAUCUAUUUAUAGUACCAUUGGAUCUACUAUGCCUGCUGCUUUCGGGAUUAUGGAUAAGAAUUGGAUCGCUGUCAAAAUUUUUUGCAGCAAUUAAGUACCUCUCACCAUUUUAUGUUUCUUUUGAGUCGCUAAGUAUCGUUUACUGGCUGAAAGCUGAUGAAAUGGAUCUUUGCCCAGUAACAGAAAAUGUUCCCUGUUAUCGCAAUGGAACUGCCGUUCUAGAAAAUUAUGACUUUACUCCUAGUUAUGAGAAGGUUUUUCAAAACUUGAUGUACUUGUGUUUUAUGAUAAUUUUAUAUAGUUGUAUUGGAUACAUUGCCAUUUUAAGAAAAAGGGCAAUUUACCAAAUAUAA